UAAUAGGUAUUCAUUAAAACCCAAUUUUAUGUAAUAUUUACAAAGCAAACAACAAAAUAAUACAAAGAUGUCAGCUCAAGAGCAGAUGAGAGCGAUGUUAGAUGAGCUUAUGGGGACUGCCAGGGAUGGGAGCUUUUUCUUGUGCUGUAAUCCAGUCAAAUUUGAAAGGUGAUGAAGGCCAAUUCGCGAGAACAGCAAAUACAAAGUGAAGUUUGAUGACGCUCGGGUAUGUAAGAGUUUCCUGCUGGGAUGCUGUCCACAUGAUAUUCUUUCUAGCACGCGGAUGGACCUUGGAGAAUGUCCCAAAAUCCAUGACUUGGCACUGCGUGCAGACUAUGAACAGGCUUCCAGAAGGAAGGAUUACUACUAUGACAUUGAUGCAAUGGAGCAUCUGUCUAGUUUUAUAGCUGAUUGUGACAGGAAAACCGAGUUGGCGAAACGUCGCCUUAAAGAAACACAGGAAGAACUAAGCGAGGAGGCUAAUGGAAAAGCUGAGAUGAUUCACAAGUUAGGGGAAGAAAUGGGGACAAAACUUGCCAAAGCAGAGGAUCUUGGUGCACAAGGAUUGGUGGUGGAGUCAUUGCAAUUGAUGGAAGAAGUUGAAAAUUUAAAGAAGCAAAAGGCUGCUGCAGAGCAAGAAUACAGAAAUUCUAUGCCAGCAUCCAGUUACCAGCAGCAAAAAUUGCGAGUUUGUGAAGUGUGCUCAGCAUAUCUUGGAAUCCAUGAUAAUGAUCGACGUCUAGCUGAUCACUUUGGUGGAAAACUUCACCUUGGCUUCAUUACAAUUAGAGAAAAGCUAGAAGAAUUAAAGAAAAGCAUUGCUGAUAGGCGAAUGCAAAGGGAAAAGGAGAGAGAGGAACAGAAGCUGAAGCGUGCUGAGAGAGAAAAAGCAGAAGAGGAGGCCAGAAUGAACCAAGCACGCAGCAGGAGCCGCAGUCGUAAAAGAACUAGAAGUCGCAGUAGAGACAGGAAACGAAGGUCACGCAGCAGAAGUCGGAGAUCCAGAUCUCGAUCCAGAAGUCGCCAUUCAAGAAAAAGAUCCAAAAGAUCAAGAUCCAGAUCACGAAGCAGGAGAUCCAGGUCAAGGUCAAGAAGAAGAUCCAGGCGUUCCAGAAGUAGGUCAAGGAGCAGGUCUAGAAAGUCAAGAAGUCGUUCCCGUCAUAAACGUCGCCGCCGUUCAAGGUCCAGAUCACACAGCAAGAGAAGCCAAAGCAGAGAAAGGAAGAAAAAUGGUUCCUCCAGGUCCUCAUCAAAAGAAAAAGAAAGCCGCUCCUCAGCAGAAAAAUCACCAUAAUCAGGUUGAGACAGGAGCCAUAUUUCAUUUGGAUAACCAUGUCAAACCACCAAAAAUAUAGACGUGAUUUUAUUACAUCUAGUUUCUGGUAUAAUGAAUCAGAUUCUGAUGCCAUGUUUAAAUCUUUUACCUACAUAAUAAAAUGGAAAGUUAGUGAAAAA